GAUGUUUGACCGUUAACUUGAACGGUCAAAUGCGUUGACUAAAAGUCAACGCGCCACGUCACUGCCACAUCACUGCCAAGUCAGAAGAUCUGAUAAAUAUUUAAUUUUUUUAUUUUUGGUUUAACUAAGGUAUUAGAUAAUUUUUUAAUUUAUAAUAACUUAAAAUUAGGGAAUGUAUAGAAAUUGUGAAUUAUUUUAAAUAUUUUAUGCUGACUUGGCAUUGACAUGGCGCGUUGACUAACGGUCAACGCGUUUGACCGUCUAAGUUAACGGUCGAAAGUCGGAUUUGGCCAAAUUGUUUAUUUUUGUGUAUAGUUCAGGCCAAGAUGUUAUAAUCGAAAAGAUUGAUCAGGAUAUUUAUUUUGGUCAAAGUUCAGGGCAUACGAAAAUAUUAAUUUUUUUACACAUUUUUUACUGUUUGUGAUAAUUAGCCCGGUUCUAUUCGACUCGUAUUAUUGUUUCUGGGCAGACGUUCAAUUUUAACCCGUCUUUUCCUGGCGUCUUAAACCCUUGGGACUUGGGAGGUUGCAACGAUCUGCAAUUGCGACUUCUAUCUGGGGCUUUAGAUUUGGAUGCUUGCAACAGCUGAGUGUAUAAACUUUCAAGAGCAAGAGAUUUCACCGCUAAUUCUAGAGAUCGACACUAUCUUAGAGAGCGGGAGCUAUGCUGGCCAGAAGGUUUGUUUCCGUGUUCAAGGGCUCCCAAAGAUCGCUACUUUCCAGUGCUGCGAAGCCGGCAGAGGAAGGCAAGAGCGAAGCAUCAUCAUUUGGACGUAAAGCAGUCUCCUUUGUAUUGAUUACUGUUACGGGUGGUGUUGCCUUGAGCGCUCUGGACGAUCUCUCUAUCUAUUAUGGCUGCACCAGAAAGGCAAUGGAGAGAGCAAACAACAACGAGAAAAUUAAAGUAGCUCUCGGUGAACCAAUAGCCAAAGGGCCAUGGUACAGUGCUUCCCUUGCAGUAUCUCACAGAAGGCAAUCUGUUUCUUGUUCAUUUCCUGUCGCUGGUCCACGUGGAAACGGAGUCGUGCAGAUGAAAGCUGUUCGUGGCGGAGAUGACAACUGGUUAUCGUAUCUACUCCCUCGAGACUGGGAAAUCCUCAUAAUGGAUGCCCUGGUUAACAUUCCAAGCAAUGAAGAGAAGCAGCAAACACAGCGAAUUAGUCUGUUGGACAGCUCUUCGGCAUGUCAGCCAUGCACGGCUUGCCCCCGGACCCAGAAACCAGAAACCAAAUGAUCAAAUAUCAAAGUGAGGAUGACCCUUUCUUACCAGAAACAAAGUGACUUUUUUUACAGGAAGGUUGCCCUUGUAUUCUAUUGGUUCUCUUCCUUUCAGAUUUUCUCAUUUGUUAGCAAAAGGAGAGAAAACAUAAGAGUUCGGCUGAAGCUACGAAUGAAGGGAUUGAGUUAAAGGUGUCCUUUCAAAAUCACAGAACAACUGGCGGUUGGGAUAAUGGAAUACUUCCUCUUUUUUUCCUUGUUUUAUUCUUUUUUGUAUCUGCCUGCUGAAUUUACCUGUGAGGCUGUGACAGUGCGGCCAAUGUUGUUAGCGUUUUUGUUUGGAGAUUGUUUGGUGAAGCAAGCAAUAAAGGAACGAUCCUGGUUCAAAUCUUCGUUGCAGCGUAUCAUUUUGAGGGAAUUUUUUUUUGGUGGCAUUCAAUAGGUUUGUAAAUUCGAAUUGUCUGCCUCUAUCUUCUUCACAAAUUCAUGGUUUUAGUGUGUUUGAAGAGGAGCAGCAAAACGUUUUGACCAUGAAAAUAGUACGGACACCAAAUUGGCAUGUCAUUAAAUUCACCACUCAAUCUUUCAUAAUUUUGAUCCCAGUUUGUAAUCCUAAAAAAUAUGAAAUUAGGGUUGUUCACAAGUUUUAGAAACAUGAAAGGAUAGGGGUGAAGGAUUAAAUGUCGCUAUGAAGACUACCAUUGGGAUUCCGCACAUCUGUCGUUGAGGAAUUUCAACUGAAGCAUAAUGAAACUGUCGCAAUAAGGAAUGAGAUUAUUUUCGAUCACGAGUAACAAAGGUCAAAAGUUAAUACCAUAUGAAAAUUGAUUUAAAAGUCAGGAUAAAAUCGUCUUAGACUUUUGUAGCUGUGUAGAUUUUAAAGAGUUGUGCAAAAUAAAAAUAAUUGCGUCAAUCGAAUAAUCGAGCACAAUAUUAGCAACUUAAAAAGUUUGACCGUAUAUUAGGUGAAAAUGAUGAGACCUCUAACGAUUUUGUGACAAACUUGUUGGGAUUGAUAGCGAUUAUGCCAAAUCAAGUGGAGUUGCAGCAAUCCAAGUAAAAUCACUAUGGAUUCCAACAAUUUUGCUCAAACUUAGGUAUUCUGGAAAAAUUUAAUAACAUUUUGUUUUUUUACAACUAUUUUGAGUAACUUUUUUAGAAAGUUGUGAACUAGGAAAACAUCCAAACAACUAGGAAUCAGAGUGGAAAAUCCGGGAAAAGUGUUAAUAUGUGGUAUAUGAUAUAUGAUUGACUCAACAACUCGAGUUAUCGGGGAUAAACUGGUUCACGUAGUUUAGGUAAACUCAACAACCCGAACCUGGCGCGAGCGAGGGGUUUCUGGAAGAAGCGUUUAAGACCAAAAGGUCCAAAAGCGAAAAUAGUGGAGACUGUAGAGUAGCCGAUCUUGGAGCAGGGGCUUAUUGAUUUUGGAUCUGUAGCCGAUCGAAAACUUCACGCCGGUUAACCGGCAGUGCUCUGGGCUACCGGACGGCGGUCGGUGAGAAACGCUUCGUUAUCCUUAUUCCUUUUCUCCUUUCGCAACAAAAUUGGUUGUUAAUCGUAGAUUGACGAAUUACACAGAAUCUCCGUAAUUCUAUUCCAUUUUCUUCCCUUUUACUUCGUGUAUACGCAUCAAUCGUGGUUAACAGAUUCCCAAAAUUGUUUGCUGUGAUUGCUGCUACUUAUUUUGUUCUGUGUUCUUAUCAGUUGCUUUGAUCCGAUAUAUGAGCUGAGGCAACUCAAGUCCGGCGAUGGCAGACUUACCAGGUUACGUGCGUUCUUGCUUGCAAACUGGUCACCUUGCUAUGCUAGCUAUUCUCGUUUCGGGGGGAAUUGUGCUCCAAGUCCUGGUCAGUAGCACUCUGAAUAUUUUUGCAGAAUGGAUUCUUUAACCAAAUGCUUUUGAGGUGGCCAUACCAUAGCUUCUCUUAUGAUCAUUUUUUUGACAUGGCAGGCGUGUGCUCUGUACAAUAAUUGGUGGCCAAUGCUGACUGGUAAGUGAUAAUUGAAGAGGAUUGCUUGAACAUCUCUCCCAGUUGACGAACACGACCAAUCCGCCAUGACCUUAAUUUGAUUGCUUAUUUCUCCAGUCGGUGUGUCAGUGAAUGGUAGAAUAGUUACGGACGAAAAUGCAUUUCGCUGAAGGAAAUGCAGUAUUCAUCAAAUGUCUUUGCCUACUGGAUGCUACGAGUACAUGAUUUUCGAGAAUGCUCACAUGCUAUAUUAGUUAUGUAAUGUUGUGAAUUCCUUAUCUGCUGCAUUUAGAAGGAAAAAAAACACAUCAAAUUUGACGUCAGCUAGCACCGUAUGCUGUUCUAGAAGGGACUUGAUGUCAGUAAGCUGACUUCGCAUCAUCGUUGGUUCACAUUCCUCAAACUGCAACUGUUCGAUAUGCUGACGGUCUAUACGUGCAACUCCCCAUUUGCUGUUUAUGUGGAUCGAUGAUGAUUUCAUCGGCUCAUAGUUAUAAUCUUCCUUCAAAGUUUGAAGGGCCGACACAACCAGCGUUCUAUAACCUCGUAAGUUCUUGGCUUCUUGCAGUUGUGAUGUAUGUGCUUCUUCCAAUGCCCUUGUUGUUCUUUGCUGGCUCGGAAUCUGUCUUUCAAGAAUCUGAUAGCAGGUAAUGUUCCAUAUCCCCUGCUUUCAAGAGAUACCCACGGUCUGAGAUGCGCCAAUUCGAGCUGCAUAUUGAACAUGGGAUUAACCAACCUGUUUCUGUGGCUAAUGAUGAACAAUGAACAGCUGGAUGAAUGCAAGCAAGUUUUUCACUGGAGCAUCUACUGUUGGAAGUAUUGCCAUACCGGCAAUCUUAAAGCAUGCUGGCAUUAUUGGGUAGGGAGCACUGGCAAUGGAACUGUCAUCAUUUUUCAUAUUUGUGAUAGCCAUAAUGUGCUACAUUAGCAUAUAUGAUGAAGAUGGCUAUAGUAGUAUGCUUUAACUUGAUUGGCGUGCAGAAAGUGCUGAUUCGAUGCCUAUUAAGACUCCGUCGUUCUUGUUAAGGUGUGCCUAUAUUGUUUCUGCUGUUUUUCAGUUUGUGGAGUUGCGUUAUUCUUUGUCCAUAACUUUGUUGGGUAAAGGGUCAGGCUGUUGCAUCGGAGUAAAUGUAUUGAUAUUUGAGAAAACAUGCAUGUAUCUAAUAUAUGUAAAUCCAUUUCCAGUCUCAACAAUCAAAGCCUGAAUCCUGUAUAUAAUUGUUAGAGAGUACUUUUGGGCACUAGUAUUAUUUUGUUUCGUUAAAUGAUAUAAUUUACAAAGCUAUGGAUCAUAUUGUAAUUGUCUCAAAUGAGAUAAAAUUUGUGUUUUUCCUAGUUUUAGCAAGUUCCUAUACUCACAUGAGGUAAUUUUUUAUGUUAAUCUAUUUGAUCAUUUUCUCCAUUGACAUUAGGGAAGUUGCUUUGAAAUUGUCCUUAUCAUCGAGGUUACUAGGAAUGACAAUGGAAUAGGUUCGGGGCGGUAUCUGGGACAGGCCCGAGGUGAAUAUCUUGAUAUCCAUACUUGCACCUUGCCAUAUCAGAUUCAGGUUGGAUAAUUUAUUACUCAGUGCGGGUUGGGACAUAUAAGUAUGUAAUUUAAUUGGAAACCAUUAAAAAUAUUUGUUUUUUCAUUAAAUUCAAAAAUAAACUAUAAUAUGAUAAAUAUUAGGGUUAAUACCCUGGUUUGGCCCGAAGUUUAGUGUAAGUGACAAUUCUGGCCUCAUUUUUUAAAUAAGACAUUUAUGGCCUACUUUUGAAAUUAUUGGACAGAUUUGGCCCGGAAUUCUCUUUGACCGUUAAUAUUGACAGUCAAACACUAUUCUGUUAAUGACUCAGCAAAAAAUAACUGAUGUGGCAUGCCUCGUCAUUAAAUAAUUUUUUUAAUUUUUUUAUUUAAUUAAAAUUAAAAGUUAACAAAUUAAAUAAAUCCCU